AUGGCAUUUGAGAAUUGGGAUUUUACUUUAGUAAUUGUGGUUAUGGUAUUAACAUUUUUAUUUAGAAGAUUUCUAACUACACCAAGGGAAGUGUCUCCUGAAAGUAUUGCAAGAGUUAACGCAUUGAUUAAACAAAAAAGUGUAUUUGUUGCUGCAAAAAGUUAUUGUCCAUAUUGUAAAAAUACUCUAAUAACUUUAUUCGAUGAAUUAAAAGUUCCAAAAGAAAAAGCUCUUGUUCUGCAGUUAGAUGGUAUGAGCGAUGGUUUGGAACUUCAAGAUACUUUGCAACAAAUCAAUGGUCAAAGAACGGUUCCCCAGAUAUACAUCGAUGGCAAGCAUGUUGGUGGCAAUAGUGAGUUACAAAAAUUGAAAAAAUCAGGGGAGCUACAAUUGUUAUUAAAGAAAGCUUUGGCUUAG